AACUGGCUUUGCUACAUUGUAAAGAAAGGAGCUCCAGAACCUGUCAAUUUCCUGGAUGAUACUUUGGACUAAGCAAAGCAAUAAAUGUUGCUAAGCAUACACUGAGCGGAUCCUGUUCUACAGUAACCAGGAGAGACACAACAUAGGCAACAUUGUAGCUCCACGAUCUUCAAAAGGUUGGUGUUGAAGUGGCUGUGAAACAAAAGGAAGGAUAAAGAUGAAUCAAUACCCUCCAGGUCAGGUAGUAGUCAUCCAGCAGCCAGGGUUUACCUCAAAUGCCCUGACUGAAUGGAACACAUCCAUGAUGAGUUGCUGUGAUGAUGUGGGAAUAUGUCUCUGUGGUCUCUUCUGUACGGUCUGUUUGGGCUGUCAGGUUGCAGGUGCCAUGGGCGAGUGUUGCUGCUGUGGAACCUCAGUAGCUAUGAGAACUCUCAUCAGAACAAAGUACAACAUCCAAGGAUCCAUCUGCAAUGACUUUUGCACACAUAUGUUUUGCCUUCCGUGUUCUAUUUGCCAAAUGAAAAGAGAGAUUAACCAUCAACAGCGCAAAGGCCACUGAUGGACUUAUUAAGGCUGUGCUGCAGCUUCAAUGGUAAAUACUAAAUUAAUUACAUCAUGCUAAAAUGAAGACUGAUGAUCAACAUUCAAGAUUAUGGAUGUAAACAAAUUGAAAAUUGUUUUCUGCUACACAAGAUCCUGCACUGGAUUCUCGUCCUUCAACAGAUCAUUUUCAAGACCUGUUCCUCAUUUUCAAAUCACUCUCUCUAUUCUACCUCUGCAAUCAUCUCCAGCCCAUGUCCCACCCAUCCCAACAUAUUCCCUCUCCCUUCACUCCACUCAAUUCUUUCAGUCCUCAUGCACAUGUCCUCCAGAACUCUUCAAAACUACUUUGUCUUUUUACUUCUCUCCCUGAUUUCACCCCACCCCCAACACUUCUUCUUCAGUCACCUCUAAAUCCCUUCCACUUUUUGCUUGGCAUCCACUGAUCCCAUUGUUGUGUUUGAGAUGUUACUUCAUGUAAAAUACAUGGUGAUAAUUUUGAUAGUAUCAGCUGUUUUAGCAUUAUCAAGCGUUGCAGGAAGCUAUAGCAACAAAGAAUACCCUAAAAAUGAUAUUAAAAAUCUACCUACUGCAAUCUCUCUAAAGUAUCCCUAACCAAUAUUACUGCUAAGGUAACUAAAAUAAUAUAACUUUAGAUCCCACUACCUGGAGUCCUUGCUUCAUCCAAUAAUUUUUUGUAUACGAGAUUGAUUACUUUUUAUGUGGCUUCCAGUGAUUUGUAAUCCAAUUAUCUGUAUUCUUCAGUUGAGAUUUUAAUCCUAACCAUUUCCUGAUUAUUACUGUAUUCAUUUGUUGUUGAGCUAUAUUCUGAAAUUAAAUAAAUCACAAUUAAUCCACCA